CGCACGUGCAGUAGUGAGAAGUCUAGGAAACCAAACACACACAUAUCGGACGACAGACGAGCUUUCGUUUAGUUUCAGUUUUGUAAGUUGUUAUGUAUUUAUAAUUUUCUUAAGACCCUCAAUCAGUCUGGCUGUUCAUCAAUACAGGAAAACAUUAUCAUUAACGGCUGCAUCGUGGUUUAGGAGUGUGAGUGUGUGAGUGUGUGAACAAUGCAAAGUCAUCAAAAAACACUCUGAAGCACUUUCUGCAAUUACCUUUCCCCCGUUUUGCCUCUGAUGCGUCUGUGAUGUCUGCAAGCAUGAAGUCUGAUAUAGCAUAUGUAAAGAUGGCCGAUGUGGAGUCGAGUAAACGAGAGGGUCUUCUGAAACUUCAGAAGUAUUCCAGGUGUAUUCUGAUCAUCAGCUGUCUUACUGCUGUGCUGCUCAUGAUGUUUAGUCUCCAAACACUACUUAUUCCCUCAAUUACAACAUCAGGCAUAAAGAUAAAUGCUUCGAUUGCACACACCUGCACUGACAAAUGCAGACUGGUUCUGGUAGAGAGCAUCCCAGCUGGCAUGGAAUUCAACUCGUCUGUUGGUCAUCCGUCCAUCUAUCAGGCAUGGCGGAGUCUCUUAUCAGAGGCACAGAGCAGUCUGGAUAUUUCUUCCUUUUACUGGACCCUCACUAACGAGGACACACAGACACAUGAGCCCACAGCCAAUCAGGGUGAGGAAAUCAUGCAGGAACUUGUAGAGCUUUCUGGGAAAAUUUCUGUACGCAUUGCUGUGAACACUCCUCAGGACAGACAGCCAAAGAGUGACCUCCAGAUGCUCGCCGAUGCCGGUGCUGAUGUGAGAGAUGUAAACAUGAGAGAGUUAACCACUGGUGUGCUGCACACUAAGUUCUGGGUGGUCGAUAAGAAGCACAUUUACAUUGGUAGCGCCAACAUGGACUGGAGAUCCUUAACUCAGGUGAAGGAGCUCGGUGCUGUGGUAUAUGACUGUAAGUGUCUUGCUGAUGACCUUGAGAAAAUAUUUGAAGCAUAUUGGUUCCUUGGCACAAGCAAGACAAUACCCAUUCCUUGGCCCAGCCAGUACUCUACAGCCUUUAACAAAGACACACCAAUGCAGCUGCCAAUCAAUGGGUCAGACUCUAGAGUUUAUCUGUCGAGUGCUCCUACAUCUUUGUGUGCUGAGGGUCGAACUCCAGAUCUUCAGGCCAUUUUAAGCGUCAUUAAUGAUGCACAGCAGUUUGUUUACAUUGCUGUGAUGAACUACCUCCCAACUAUGGAGUUCUCAGAUCCUAAAAGAUACUGGGCUGAUAUUGACACUGAGCUGAGGCGUGUCGCAUUUGAGAGAGCCAUUCACGUGCGUUUGCUGAUCAGUUGCUGGGACAGCACGUCCCCGGUCAUGUUCCCAUUUUUACGCUCUCUUGCAUCUGUACAGGAUUCAGAGAGUAAACUGGAUAUUCAAGUGAAAAUUUUCAUUGUUCCCAGCAGCCAGAGUCAGAAGAAAAUCCCCUUUGCUCGUGUGAACCAUAACAAGUACAUGGUGACAGACCGAGUUGCCUAUAUAGGAACUUCAAACUGGUCCGGUGAUUACUUUGUGAACACGGCAGGGUCAGCGUUAGUGGUGAAUCAGACUUCAGCCUCAUCCUCAGAAUCCACAGUGAGAGAACAGCUGCAGGCUGUGUUUGAAAGAGACUGGGAUUCCUCCUACAGCACUCCACUCAACCACAACAGCAACUUCGAACAGAUAUGUGAAAUAUAACACUGAAUCAGCAGGGGGCGCUCGCUUAAAAAUCCCUUAUGUUCUAGUGUUAUUUUAAUGCAUCCACAUGAACUUUUAUCUACGACUGAGGGCAUGAACAUGGAGGCUGGAACAAUGUAGCUGAAGUGAUUUCACUUCACAUUUACACUCUUGGUUGCAUUUACAUUAAGCAGAAUUCGCUUGACAUAGAAGUUGACAUAAUGAAACACAACACAGAUAAUGAAAGAAAAAUCAGAUGACAGUAAGUUUGACUUUCAGUUUACUUGUUACUGAAUUCAGUGAUGAUUUAAUUGCCAAUAAGAUUGCAACUACAGGAAAAUCAAUGAGGAGAAGGGGGGGGAGCAAGAUUGAGACACAGGACAAGAUGCUUACUCCAGUACAUAAUUGACUGUUUUCUCCCUGCACUACAUAAACCUUAACCCAUAAUGAAACUAAUAAACAUAACUGAGGGAACUUCACUAGGGAAUCUUUACAUUUUCACUUCUUUUCUUUCUCUUUAUUUUUAUUAGUAUUUAGCACAGCACAUCACUUCUAAAAUGGAGAUGUAUUUAACUCCCCUUUUUUCUAAUUAGGACUCAGUUGUUACAGGUAGCAUUAUAAAUCUCUUGCACUUUGACACAAAGCGAUGGUUUGGACAGAAAUAAAAGGUACACAGUGUCCCCAUACUCCUUGUAGUUCAGCCAAGAUGUGUUUGGUGUCCAGGUAGGAGGUAUGGAUUUCUGAUUUCCAAAGGUCUAAAACAGGAAUGUACAUUAGAAGUGAUUUGGUUGAUAAUAAAUUUACAUUUGUUAGUGCGUUUGUAGCUACAUUGAAAACCUAAAGAUGCAAACAUCAGGCCAAGCAUGUCGUAGCUGUUGACUGAUGAUACACAGAAGGCAGUAAUGCUUUCUUUCACCAAACACUCACUCACUAUCACAGACACAGUAACAUUCUACUGUUUUUGUCUAUUGUAAUAGAUGGAAUUUAAACCUGGUACUUGAGUAGAAUUAUGUGUUAUUAAUAUUUUAGACUUUUUUGGUUAUUUUCUCAGGUCAAUCUAUGUCUGGUCACUCAGAAAUCACAGAAUAAUUAUGCUGCUGUCAUUUAGUUGCCUUAAAUUUGUUCUUUUAAAUGCAUUACCAUUUGAACUUAUUAUUUUUGGGGUUUCUUUUCAAUGAAUAAAUACUUUUUACUCA